CGUCAUCGCGCCACGCCAUCAUCAGAGCCGGGGGAAGAUGGCGGCAGCCGUUCUGAGUGGGACCUCUGCGGGCUCCCCCGCUGGGGUUCCUGGUGGGCCUGGGGGUCUCUCGGCGAUGAACUCGGGCCCUCGUCUUCGUUUGCUGCUGCUGGAGAGCGUUUCUGGGUUGCUCCAGCCGCGAACGGGGUCCAGCGUUGCUCCCGUGCAUCCCCCAGUCCGCUCGGCCCCGCAUUUGCCAGGGCUCAUGUGCCUCCUGCGGCUGCACGGAACAGUGGGCGGGGCCCAGAACCUUUCUGCCGUUGGGGCAUUGGUGAAUCUCAGUAAUGCAUGUCUUGGUUCCAUGAAAACUCGGUUUGAGGGCCUGUGUCUGCUGUCCCUGCUGGUGGGGGAGAGUCCCACAGACAUGUUCCAGCAGCACUGUGUCUCUUGGCUUCGGAGCAUUCAGCAGGUGUUGCAGUCCCAGGAUCCACCACCCACUAUGGAGUUGGCUGUGGCUGUCCUGAAAGACCUGCUCCGAUAUGCAGCCCAGCUUCCUACACUCUCCCGGGACAUCUCUGUCAACCACCUCCCUGGUCUUCUUACUUCACUGCUGGGCCUCAGACCAGAGUGUGAACAGUCAGCAUUGGAGGGAAUGAAAUCUUGUAUGACCUAUUUUCCUCGGGCUUGUGGUUCUCUUAAAGGCAAGCUGGCCUCAUUUUUCCUGUCUCGGGUGCAUUCCUUGAGCCCUCAACUCCAACAGCUGGCCUGUGAAUGUUACUCCAAGCUUCCUUCGUUAGGAGCUGGCUUUUCCCAGGGCCUGAAGCACACAGAAAGCUGGGAGCAAGAGCUGCACAGCCUGCUGGCCUCACUGCACAGCCUGCUGGGGGCCCUGUAUGAGGGAGCAGAAACAGCUCCUGUGCAGAAUGAAGGCCCUGGAGUGGAGACGCUGCUUUCCCAUUCAGAAGAAGGCGAUGCCCAUGUUCUCCUCCGGCUUCGGCAGAGGUUUUCGGGACUGGCUCGCUGCCUGGGGCUGAUGCUCAGCUCUGAAUUUGAGGCUCCUGUGUCUGUGCCUGUGCAGGAAGUCUUAGAUCUCAUCUGCCGGAUCCUCAGUGUCAGCGGCAAGAAUAUUAGCUUGCUUGGAGAUGGUCCUCUGCGGCUGCUGCUGUUGCCCUCUAUCCACCUUGAAGCCUUGGACCUGCUCUCUGCUCUCAUCCUUGCGUGUGGAGGCCGGCUCUUACGCUUUGGGUCCCUGAUCAGCCGCCUGCUCCCCCAGGUCCUCAAUGCCUGGAGCAUUGGCAGGGACACCCUCUCUUCAGGCCAGGAGCGGCCUUACAGCACCAUUCGGACUAAGGUAUAUGCUGUGUUAGAGCUGUGGGUACAGGUUUGUGGGGCCUCGGCAGGGGUGCUUCAGGGAGGAGCCUCUGGAGAAGCCCUACUCACGCACCUGCUCAGUGAUAUCUCCCCACCAGCUGAUGCCCUUAAGCUACGAAGUCCCCGAGGGACCCCUGAUGGGGGUUUACAAACUGGGAAGCCCAGUGCACCCAAGAAACUAAAGCUGGAUAUGGGGGAAGCUGUGGCACCACCAAGCCAGCGGAAAGGAGAUAGCAAUGCCAACAGUGAUGUGUGUGUAGCUGCAUUGAGAGGCCUCAGCCGGACCAUACUCAUGUGUGGGCCACUCAUCAAGGAGGAGACUCACAGGAGACUGCAUGAUCUGGUCCUGCCCCUGGCUAUGGGUGUUCAGCAGGGCGAGGUCCUGGGCAGCUCCCCAUACACUAGCUCCUGUUGCCGCCGUGAGCUCUAUCGCCUGCUGCUGGCCCUACUCCUGGCCCCUUCUCCUCGCUGCCCACCUCCUCUCUCCUGUGCUCUUCAGGCUUUUUCCCUUGGCCAGAGAGAAGACAGCCUUGAGGUCUCCUCUUUCUGCUCAGAAGCGCUGGUGACCUGUGCUGCUCUGACUCACCCCCGAGUUCCUCCCCUCCAGACCAUGGGCCCCACCUGCCCCACACCUGCCUCAGUUCCCCCUCCUGAGGCUCCAUCUCUGUUCAGAGCCCCACCCUUCCAUCCCCCGGGCCCUAUGCCCUCCGUGGGCCCCAUGCCCUCUGUGGGCCCCAUGCCUGCUGUAGGCCCCAUGCCCUCUGCAGGGCCGUUACCUUCUGCAGGACCCAUGUCUUCAGUAGCCCCAAUGUCCUCUGUAGGCCCCAUACCCUCAUCAGGUCCUAUGCCUUCUACAGGCCCUGUGCCCCCAGCACGCCCAGGGCCUCCAGCCACAUCCAAUCACCUUGGCUUGUCUGUCCCAGGCCUGGUGUCUGUUCCUCCUCGGCUUCUUCCUGGCCCCGAGAACCACCGAGCAGGCUCCAGUGAGGACCCUGUCCUUGCCCCUAGUGGGACUCCUCCACCUACCAUACCCCCAGAUGAAACUUUUGGGGGGAGAGUGCCCAGACCAGCCUUUGUCCACUACGACAAAGAAGAGGCAUCCGAUGUGGAGAUCUCCUUGGAAAGUGACUCUGACGACAGCGUGGUGAUUGUGCCUGAGGGACUACCACCCCUACCCCCACCACCACCCUCUGGCACUAGUCCUCCCCCUGUAGCCCCCACUGGGCCACCAACAGCCUCCCCUCCUAUGCCAGCCAAGGAAGAACCUGAAGAACUUCCUGCAGCCCCAGGGCCUCUCCCUCCACCCCCGCCUCCACCUAUCCCUGGUCCUGUGACACUUCCACCACCCCAGUUGGUUCCUGAAGGGACACCUGGCGGGGCAGGACCCCCGGCCUUGGAAGAAGAUUUGACAGUUAUUAAUAUCAACAGCAGUGAUGAGGAAGAAGAGGAAGAGGAUGAAGAGGAAGAAGAGGAGGAGGAAGAGGAGGAAGAGGAAGAUUUUGAGGAAGAGGAAGAGGAGGAAGAAGAGUAUUUUGAAGAGGAAGAAGAGGAAGAAGAGUUUGAGGAAGAGUUUGAGGAGGAAGAAGGUGAGCUAGAGGAAGAAGAGGAGGAGGAAGAAGAGGAGGAGGAAGAAGAGUUGGAAGAGGUAGAAGACUUGGAGUUUGGUUCAGCAGAGGGCGAGGUAGAAGAAAGUGGACCACCACCCCCUACCCUGCCUCCAGCUCUGCCCCCUCCACAGUCUCCCAAAGUACCGCCUGUGCCAGAACCUGAACCUGGGCUGCUGUUAGAAGUGGAAGAGCCUGGAGCUGAAGAGGAGCCUGGGGCUGAGACAGCCCCUACCCUGGCUCCUGAGGUGCUCCCCUCCCAGGGUGAGGUGGAAAGGGAAGGGGAAAGCCCCACAGGAGGGCCACCUCCUCAGGAGCCAGUUGAAGAAGAGCCCUCUGACCCCCCAACUCUGCUGGAAGAGGAGACAGAGGGUGGAGGUGACAAGGUGCCACCUCUACUGGAGACACCUGCAGAAGAGAUGGAGACAGAGGCAGAGGCCACAGCUGUGCAGGAAAAGGAGGAGGAUGACACAGCUGCCAUGCUGGCUGAUUUCAUCGAUUGUCCGCCUGAUGAUGAGAAGCCGCCGCCUACCAUGGAGCCUGACUCCUAGCUCUCCUUUGCACCCACCACCUUGUCUCCAAUAAAGUUAUGUUCUAAGGUA